CCAAUUAGCUUUAAGAGGCCGGACCUGGAGGAGUGUCUGGGGAAAUACAGAUAGAAUGACAGGAAGCUACAACAUGUAUACAACUCAGAUCCAGCAACUGAAGUUAAGUUAAGCAAAAGGCUGUAUUCUCCAGUGAUCAUGGAUAAACCAGUCUGCUUGAUUGACACUGGGUCAGAAGGGAAGCUGUGUGUGCAGGAGUCAGCACUACAGAUCCUGCAGCAGAUCCAGGAGCCAGUGGUGGUGGUGGCCGUGGUGGGUCUCUACCGCACCGGGAAGUCCUACCUGAUGAACCGCCUCGCAGGGAAACAAACAGGAUUUGCAUUGGGCAGCACCAUAGAGUCCAAGACGAAGGGCAUCUGGAUGUGGUGUGUGUCUCACCCCACUAAAGCAGGAACCACUCUGGUGCUGCUGGACACGGAGGGACUCGGAGACGUGGACAAGGGAGACUCAAAGCAUGACACUAACAUUUUCUGUCUGGCUGUGUUACUGAGCAGCACUCUGGUCUACAACAGUCGAGGGACGAUUGACAACAGGGCUGUAGAGGAGUUGCAAUUUGUUACUGAACUAACAGAGUGUAUCAAGGUCAAAUCAUCAGAUGAGGAUGAGGACGAUUCAAGCGAGUUUGUGAAGUUCUUCCCUAGUUUCAUCUGGGCUGUGAGGGACUUCACCCUUGAGCGAAAGAUCGAUGGCAAAGACGCAACAGAGAAUGAGUACCUAGAGUUUGCUCUGAAGCUGAAACAUGGCACAUCAAAAAAAGUGAUGGAGCACAACUUGCCCAGGGAGUGCAUCCAAAAAUUCUUCCCUUCCAGGACGUGCUUCACUUUCCCGUUUCCAACUGCCCCAGACAAUGUGUCUCGUUUGGAAAGUUUGGAUCCUGCUGAUCUUUCCUCUGAGUUCCUAGAUAUCACAGAUCGUUUCUGCAAGUUUGUCUUUCACGAGAGCCAUGUGAAGAAGCUGAAGGAUGGAAUCACAGUCACUGGCAGAGUUCUGAGUCAUUUGGUGAAAAUGUACGUGGACACCAUCUCCAGUGGGGCUGUGCCGUGUCUGGAGAACGCUGUGAUCGCCAUGGCAAUGAUUGAGAAUGAGGCUGCAGUGAAAGAGGGGCUUCAGGUUUACAAGAGUGGAAUGGAGAAGCUUAAGGACUCCUUCCCUCUGGGACUGAAGGAAGUGUCCUCAGAACACCAACAUCUCAGCAGCUUGGCGACACAAACCUUCAUGAAGCGUUCCUUCAGAGACACUGACGGGAAGUACCUGAAAUCUCUAGAGGAAAACAUUAAUAAACUCUUUGAUGGAUACCUGUGCCAAAACGAGCAAGCUUCAAAGAGACGAUGUGAGGAUCUCUUGUCAUCCCUCUCGGAACCAAUGACAGAAAAACUCAAACAGGGCUUCUAUGCCAAACCUGGUGGCUAUGAUCUCUUCUGCAAGGAUCUGGAGGACAUUGUGAAGAAUUAUAACAACCAGGCCAAUAAAGAAGUCAAGGUCGAAGAGGUCCUGGAGGAGUUUCUCAAGCAGAAGUCUGUGGAAUCAAAAGCAAUUCUGCAGGCUGACAAAAAACUGACCGAGAAGGAAAAAAUUAUUAAGGAGGAAACAGAGAAAGCGACCCUCCUGAUGCAGGAAAUCAAAUCUAAAGAGGAGAAACAGCGACAACUGGAAGAGAAGAUGGAAGCAGAGAGACGGAGUAACGAAGAGAGGAUGAUACAGAUGAAGGAGAAGAUGGAUAAGGAGAUCAGGCUCCAGAGAGAGGAGGCUGAGCGUGCCAUGGACAGCAAACUGAGGGAGCAGGCUGAUCUGUUGGAGAAGGGCUUUAAGGAUAAGGCAGACAGAAUGAGCCAGGAGAUGGAAGAGUUCAAGAGACAGAAUGCUGAAGCUGAGAGUAAUAGAGCUAGAGAGUUUGCAGAGAUGUUAGAAAACUCCAACAAGAGACAUGAGGAGUCUAUGGCUAUGAUGAUGCAGCAAAACAGAGAACAGAUGGAGGCCAUCCAGCGGAUGAAUGCAAAGUCUUCAGGCGGAUGUUGUAUCUUGUGAAAUGCUUAAAUUCUGUGAUCACUCAUCAGAAUUUACUUAUUAGAGGCAUAUAAUUUCACAGUGAAAACACAGUAUAUAGAGGUAUAAUCUAACAAUAAAACAAUUAAAUUGUUCUCAUUCUAUCUUUGCACAAACUUCAGUGAUAGAUUAGGAAAAUUACAAUUCAUUUUUGUAUGUUUUGUGUGUCGAGUGUAAAUGAUCCAUGAUCUAUCAUAAUUAUAUGUUUAUUUGACAUUGCUAAGUAAUUAUAAACAGUGACAAAAAAGGUUAAUUAGUGAUUCAACAGUUUAUCUGGCAUUCCAAGUAAGCAUCAAAUAAACAGAUGGUAUU